GAUCUUUUUUGCAGCACUACUCUUUUAUCCAUUCCCCUCCACUAUUUCCCGGUAUUGUUCGCUGCACGUAGAUCCAGUGCAGUCGAGAAAAUGAUAGUCUACUUGUAUACACUCUCUGAUGGGUUCCCACCUUCAACUGUGGGAGUUCGUCACAAGCUGUUUAUGAGAAUGGAAAGGUAGCAAAGCAUCGAAUGAAGCUCUUGCAUGAAUGACAAACAAUUAGGAAACAACACGCUCCAAUUCUGCAAACCUUUCAAAAUUAUGCUCUCGAAUUAUUUGAAGGCGAGAAACAAGAGCUGAACAGUGUCAUUUUGCGUUGAGAAAUUGCAAUUACAUUGUUCGGGCUUGUCAAGAACAUAACGUUUAUUCACAUAAACAACGUCGAUAAUAUGAAUAUAAAAUGUCUCUUGCCUCAUCGCAUUAUAUGUCUUCUCAGCAGCUCACUCACCAUCGAACCAUCAUACCAUCAUAUCAACAAAUUCAAACAUCAAGGUAUUCAAUUCUUGGAGGCAUUUCAAGAUAUCUUCGCCACUCAGCCAACAUUUCUGAUCGCCCCCCCCCCCAAAAGACGCACACUUCAUUCGCCAUGUCUGAAGUGUACUGUUUCCCUUUUGCUGCCUUGGAUCAAUGGUACUUUGAUGCAGAAAUGAUACACUAUUUUCGAGAUGCGAAAGUCCGCUGGGAUAGCGACAUGCCAAAUCCCUUGGUGCCUUUCCCCAACCAACCAACAUUUGUUAUCCAAUUCCAGUUUUGGGCGUCCUGUCUUCAGGGCCAUGUCAAAGAUCCCGAACCCUACUUGCCUGGACAAGUCCAUGGACUUCACGGACCCAGCUUCACCGACAGUGAUUACGUACCGCGGGUCGAAAAUGCACUCUUCAGAGCAUUCAAGAAGAACGGGAUUACUGACUGCACGGUGACCCGUGGAGUCGAUGAAACUCUGGCCUUCAAAGGCCACCCACCGCAUGUCCUCUGUCGAGGAUUUCCACAGAUUGAUGACUAUGGCUCGGAGGUGCAAAAUCCAAUGCGCCAAGGCGGAGGAUACAAUGCAAAGCAAGAACCAUGGAUUCCCCUCUGGCAGAUCCACUCGCCUGAAGAUUCAUCAUGGAAGCCAAUGAACCUUCAGCGCUACGAUAUCGCUUUCGUGGAAGUCAUAUCACCCGUCCUUCCACUCACAGAAGAAAGCUACAUAGAGGUAGACCGAGUCGCUCACACAAUCAUUCAGACACUCAGGGUUCAGAAGAAGGAUGGUCCAGGUAUUAACGUCAGAUGUGAAAGUCGAUCCAAUUUCUGCUGGCCGAGCACUAGCCAUCGCCUUCCUGCAAACUUGAAGAACACUCUAGAAGCACGCUUCUCUCGUGUUCCCCAGGUGGAUGAAGAAAGAAGACUUGCUUUUGCCCAUGAGAUGUUCAACGAAAUCCUCACCACAGGACCACAGCCCGCACGAUUCUUGUUAGAAAGACCUUCUGCAGGGAGAUUUGAUGACGAAUGAGGAUGGAGACACAUCGGACUCGUGAGUUUCCUACCAGCAAACUCUGCGACGAGAAUCUCAAUGUGGCGAGCAUGGCGCUUCUACAUGUGAAAUUCCGCAGAACAAUCUCCUAACUAAGAACAAGAAACGAGCCAGAAAACUAUGCCCGAUAAUUGAGCCGGCCUCAACUCAGAUCCCCCCAGCGGGUUGAACUAGAAUGAAAAUAAACUUACCUGAAAUCCGGA